AUGUUCCAACGGCGUGGCACGUAUCUUCAGCGCCUGUCCAAGCUCUACUCAGACACCAAGCAGUCGUAUGAGAGCGCCAAAGUCACUCCCGCAGCUGCCAAUGUUACGGACUUGCCCGAGUUGAGGGACCUGAGACGGGAUUUUCAGAUUCAGCAGGACAGGUUGUUGGCAUGGGGGAUGCACUGGACCGACGUUGGCGCGCCAUAUUCCGCCCAAGGCGAUGUCGACAUCGACAAGAAAAUCGACCAGGCUGGUUUGGGCGAGGUGGUGGCCAGCGUCAUGUCGGAGAUCAAAAGGCUCCUGGAAGAGAGUGGCCGACUCGAGCAUCCGGAGCGCUACGAGAUGAAGAAGUCGGCACGAGGCCCUGGUGCGAGUCCUGUGGCCCAGCGGAGGGACUGGACUAGUCACGAGGUCAUGACGGGGCGUGCGCUCCUGGAGCAGCUGACAACUUGUAUCGACGUCCUCUAUAGCCUCGAGGAAUCAAGGAGGGCUGACGAGAAGAGUGGUGACGCCAAACGGAUGAAGCAUGCUCAUGGGUCGCUUGCUGCCGAUGGUACAGACUACGCCCCCCUCUACGACCAUCCCCUGCACAUCGACUUCAAUGGUCUGGAGUUCAGCACCUACUCGCCCCAAGCAUUCGACCCUCCACCAUAUGAUCCCGCCGAAGGCUCGGCGACUUCAAGAGAAAGGUCGAUCGCCUAUUUCCGCCAGGGUGCUUGCCCGGUCCUCGUUGACUUUCUCACGGCUGACUGCCCACCAUAUGUUGUCGGAAGUGCCGAGGACGUCUUCGAGCUCCAUGAACUCGGCGAGAAGCUCUGCAAAGAUCGAUCCUUGUCGUGGUGCGGCCAUCUGAGACUUCUCGGAUUCACUGUUGACCCCAAUGGACCGCGCUGUGCAAUGGUCUAUGCCUUACCUGAGGGACACGACCAAAAAACUCUCCAACAACACAGGACUCUUUCGUCUCUUCUAGCCACGAGCAACGUUACAGAAGGCUCGUCGCCAGCUCUCGAAGAUCGAUUCCGACUGGCAUACAACCUCUCUUUGUCCAUCAUGGGCUACUUCGCCCAGGGAGAAACUCACCAGUACAUCAACAGUAACAAUAUCCUUCUCAUCGGCAGCAGAGAGCAUAUGCAUCGCCCCCAAUUACCUAAAGAGUUGAGACACCCCUAUCUACUACAAUCUUGUCAGGACUUUCUGGCUCGCUUGCAAGCGGAGGAGCCAUUCUCGGCAACCAUCUAUCGGCACCCUGACCACGACAUUCAUGCGGAUGAGGUUGUUCCUGCCUAUGACAUUUACAGUCUCGGUUUGCUUUUGUUAGAGAUUGGUCUGUGGAUCCCUCUACAGAAACUGUGGAAGCCAAAGUACGACCGCCGACUUUUUAUGGAGAGAGUCCAGCGAAUCUACGCACACAAGCUGGCUUCAAAGUGCGGCAGCAAGUAUAUGCGGGUAGUUCAGAAAUGCCUGCAAGCGCCCACAGAGCUGCAGUACAGGAACAACUACGAGGACGCUGGCGCAUUCCUGCUUCAGGUAGCCAAGGACUUGCUACAAUGUUGCGCCCUCGAUGAUGAAGGGCCGCCACCGGCCUCUGAUAUCGAGACCUUUGAGCUUCUCAUCAUCGAGCAAAUGUGCAAGGCUGAGGCAAAAGCAGCUGAAGAGGAGAAAAAGCCACAGAUACCGCUUGAAGACGUUAGGCCCGACCUCCCCAAGAGAGCGAACUCGAAGCGAAAGGCGGAGGCGAUUCAGCAUUCCACACCGCAAGCAGAGAAGCCUCUCCGCAAAUGGAGUGAUGUCGAUAUUCCCCAACAAGACCUGGACCAGUGGAAUACCAUGGUGAUGCCCAAACUCGGCAAGAUAUUGGAGAGCGCUCUCAAGGAUUCACCCGAAUCGUCCUGUAGCCUCAGUCUCAUGAUGUUCGGAAGUGCCCCUGAAAACGCCAAAACAACCAUCUGCAUCCAAUGCCCACAGAUCAACAAAGUCCGUGAUGUGCUGAGGAAGAAGUUUCGACCCAAAAAGGGAUGGGGCGUUGUCCUCCUCAACGGCGAAGUCAGAAGAAGCGGCACCGGCAGAAGGAGAAAACCGAGGCGGUCUGGGUAUGGUUCCAGUUGCUCAACUCACCGAGGUCCCAAAGCCAUGCAUCGAAGGCCUCUGGAGCAAAAAUACCAGGAACGUCCGACCAGUGGAGCCAGUAUUGGAGCCUUCAAGGACGCUGAACAUCUUCCUCCCGUCUCCUUUGGAGGCACCAUCCUCGUCGACGGCGAACCCUACGGCAUGACAGUGCAUCACAUGCUCGACCUUCCAAGCGACGACGAAGACGAAUACGAUGACGACGAUAUCGUGCGACGUAGUGAGCAGCAACAACAGCACCAAGCUCGAAGAGCGGCAGCACCACGUAGAAUGCCUGGACAGUUUGACACUUCAGCUGAUGUACGUUUCAUGCAAUCAGAGGAAGACCUUUCGCGGUUUUCCGAUCUUGCCAUUUCUGACGAGGAUUUUGAAAACAACAGUGAUGACGACGAUGACCAGAGCGACGCCAGCACCAUCCGCCCCGACUACGCCAUCAUGGACGCAGACGGGAACGAAUUCUGGUUCCUUGAAGACAGCCCUCCUGGUCUUGAUGACGACGACGGGUCUGACGAGGACUCGUCCGAAGACGAAGCAGACGCGGACGACGCGGCCUCGAUUGGCGACAAAACAGGCAUCGCGCCAUACUCGGAUGACGAUCUAUGCGUUACUCAACCCGCCAUCGACGAUGUUGACGACGACUUCUUUCCCAGCGAGGAAGACCGCGAUGAUGACCACCUCGCCAGCCAUGCGUUUGGAUAUGUCUUUGCCAGUAGCGGGAUUCGACGCGUGAUUCGAGGGGAAAUGAAACAUGAAGUCGACUGGGCACUGAUUCGGGUUCAUGAAGAUCGCUUGAAGAUUGAGAACGCCAUUACUUCGCAGCAGAAGGGCACUAGUAUUCCCCCAGCGACACUCUCGUCACGACCAGGGUCUAAAGCAUCCCCUCAAAGGAGAAACCCCCUUCCUGUCCUCACCACUAUAACACCCCUUUCGUCCCUCUCCGGCCUCCGGGUACACUGCCGCGGUCGGUCGUCCGGCUUCCGACGAGGUCGCAUCUCGCAGGCCAUGUCGUUGGUGAAGAUGCACGGCCGCCAAUCCUUCUCCGUGAGCUGGUGCGUGGAAGGAGGGUUUGGCAUCCCAGGAGAUAGUGGCGCCUGGGUGUAUGAUCCCGUCUCGGGAGGACUCUGUGGUCACGUCUUGGCCUGGGGGGAGAAGAGCAAGACAGCGUAUAUUGCGCCCAUGGAGGUGUUGUUUGAGGACAUCAAGGGACGACUUGGCGCCAGGUGCGUCGAGCUGCCCGUCCCCGAAGGGUUGAGGAGGCAGGUGAGAGAGGACGAAGGAAUCGGGAUGGGCACUACGAGCACGAGCGGCGGGGGGCAGGAGGACGUGGCUGCCAAAUUGAGGGACAUGAGACUCGACAGUAACACCAAUGCUACCACCGCCGCUGGUUCUGGAUCUGGUCCUAGUUCUGGCGCACCAGGCGGAGGAGGCAAGACGAAGCAGGUUGUCGGUGUCCGGCCGCUGGUCAUGGCCAGCGCUGUCUCUUGA